AGUAACGCACUUGAUAAAAUAGAAGAUGGUGCUUAUAAGAGUAAGAACGCUUGGUUUUGGGCUUUGAGCCCGGCAUAGUAGUGUUCCUCAGACGGUGUUCCCCCUGCGCGCCCACCCCACCUUCACCCCUGCUGCCUCGUCGCCACGCACUGUACUGCAGAGCCCGGUGCUUGGCUCCGGCCCCUGGCAGCCGUCCAUGCCAGCGGAGGAGGUCCUGGCCAGCGGCCGGCAGGAGGUCAGCUCGCGUGUCGAGGCGUUCUGCCACGACCGCCUGGCGCUGUGUUCCUUCGCGCUGCACCACCGCGCCACCGACGCGCGCGUGCAGUUCGGAGGCCACCAUCACAGCAGCGGCGCCGCGGCUGCAGUGGCAGGCGCAGACACACAUGCGGUCGCCUGCAUCACGGAGCAUGCGGAGGACUUCCUUCAUGAAUACAUAUCGGUGGCGGCGCGCCGGAAGGAAGUGCCGCUGCAGCUGAUGACGACGGCGGAGGGAGCCGCCGCCGCCGCUGCCGCCGCCGCCGCAGCAGCAGCAGCAGCCGGGGCCCCUGCCGCUGACGGCAACAAUACUGCUGCUCUUGCUGCCACGGACAGUGCGAGUGCUGCUGCCGCCGCCGCCGUGCCACCGCUGGUCUGUGACGGCUACGCCGGCAGCGCUGGAGUCCAAGAGCAGCAGCCUUUGCAGCCCUCACCGCUGUCAACAACUACUGCUGCUGUGCAUGCGCGGCCUCUGCUGCUGCUGAGUCAGCUGGCGAACGGGGUCGAUCCCGCCUCCACAUCCUUCGCCUCCCGCCGCCAUGAGAGCCUGCUGAUGGCGACGGCGGGCAUCGGCAGUGCCGCCCCCGGCGCAAGCGCCGGCACCGGCAGCGCCCGUGGGGCCAGCCGCAGCCUGGAUGAUGAGGGCUCCCGCGCAGCGACUGGCGGCAGCGGCCCCAACAGCUGCAGCAGCGUGGGCAGCAGCUACCGCCGCGCGCGCUGCUCCACAACCGGCGAGGAUGCAUUGCUCUGCUUGACGAAGCCGCUGCUGCUGGUUUCGGAGCAGCAGCGGCUGCUGGUCGGAUUCAGCAAGGGCCCAAUGAGUAGCCCCAUGCUGCUCUCCAACCACUCAGCAGGUUACAGCUCUGGUGGCGGCGCGGCCACGGACGCAUGCUGCAGCCCGGUUUGCCCUCCUGAGCUGCUGUCCCAGUCGCUGCCAACGCAAAGCAAUGACAUGGCUGGCAGUGCUUCGGCCGCGUCCCGCGGUUCGACUCCGGCGGCCGGCGGGCGUUGGUCGAGUGCCGCCGUGCCGCGGGCUUCCGCGCUGCGGCCUGCUGGCGGGGCGGCCAAGGCGGCGGCGGCGGCGGCAGCCGCAGCCCUGCAGCGCCGCGUGGUGGAUCGCCACGCGAGCCCUAGCAUGACUGCGGGCUGCGACAGCCGCAGCGGCCAGCCGCAGGCAAAUGCCGCUGCUGCCGACCCAGCGGCGACCUGCUGCCCGCACCCCCCUGUGUGCCUCGCCGGCCUGCCCGCCGCAGCCUUCCACGCGCCCUACCAACCAAGCCCGCACCCGUGCUCCACCAGCAGCAGCAACAGUCCCACCGCUGCAGCUAGAGCAGCUACUGCCGAUGACAGCGCCAGCCUGGUUCGCCUCCGCAAUGCCUGGCAGCAGCUGCCAAGCGCCGACCGAGCGGCCAGCCCUAUGUCAGGCGCUGUCUGUGUAGGCGGCGGCGGGCUUAAAGGCCGGCCCGGCGGCGGCGGCAGCCUAGGCAGUAAUGCGUGCGGCGGCAGUACUGCGUGCGGCGGCAGUGGCGAUCAGCUGGGCGGCGCCGCGUGGGAUCAAGUUGCGGCGGUGUUGGCGGCGGCGGCGCUGCCGACGGCGGAGGCGCCAGCAGGCCCACACCUGUCAGCUGCUCCAUCCCCGCCACUAGCAGUAGCACAGGCCGACCGGCAGCAGCCUCUCCGCAGCAGCCUAUACCUCGCGGCCUAUGGUCCUGCUGGGUGCAUCGGCGGCGGCAUACUUGCCACGGCGGCGGGCGGGCACGACGGCGGAGCGGUGGUAAGGGAUGGCGUGUGGUCGGGGCACGCGAGCCGCGGUGAGCCAGGUUUUGCUGCGGAAGACGCGGAAGCGCAGAGCCGCCGGCGCCAGCAGCAGAGGCGGCGACGGCGGCAGGAGGUGGAUGGCAGUGGGGAUGAGGGCGGCGGGCCUGAACGCGGCGUGGAGGAGGAGGACGAGGAGGAGGAGGGGGAGGAGGCUGGCAGAGGGGGCAAUGUUGAGCAAGGCUCACCAGCAGCAGCUAGCAGCAAGAAAGACGGUGGUAGCAGAGGCAGCGGCAAACACCCGGAUGGUGGCAGCGGGCGGUUGCUUAUGGAGGAGGGCGGCAGGGUGGUGGAGACCAGUUGGCGCAGCUUCAGUAAGGGCGUGGCGGCGCUGCGUGCGGCGGCGGCGGCUAUAGGAGGCGUGGGCGCCAUUGCCGGCCGGACCAGCAUGCGGUUCAGCCGCGAUGAAGCCACCGAGGCCGCCACUGUUGUGGGUGUGGCCGCGGCUGCGGCAGCGGUUGCGGGCGGCACCGGUGAGUCGGCGAAGUCGGCAGUGGGAUGGGUGGGGAAGGCGGCGGUGUCUUCCUCGCCGCCGACACCCGCGGUGGGGCCCGGCACUCAGAUGCUGCUGAUGAGCCGGAGGUCGCGGCGCGCCUCCAACACCGUGCUGCCGUACCCCUAUGACCAACAGACGCGCGCGCUGCUGGUGCGCCCUGGCGAGCCUGCCGCUGACAGCAGCGGCAACAGCCCUGCUGCUAGCGCAGGCGGCGCUGCGGCCUCUGCUAGCCCCUCCGGCCCGCCCCCCAAGUCCAACUCGUCAUCUACACCCCAGGCGCAGCUUGCGGCGAUGCUGGAAACCAUUCGCCCGGCCUCGCCGGCACCCGCUGCCGCCGCCGCCGCCGCCACUGGCCGGCUGCCCCCGCCGCCGGCGCGGACUCGUACACGACGGGCGUCACUCGACGAGUCCUGGCUUGCUGCUAGCCUGCGGGAGCCGACCCGGGAUGUUGCCGAAGGAUCAACAACAGAAGGGUUUGGGGCCGCCGCUGGCGGGGCUGCUGGCGGCGCCGCUGGCGGGGUUGUCGGGGCCACUGGGGCGGUGGCGUUGGGCGGCAGUGGACGUGCGGAGCAGCAGGCCAGCAGGGCGCAGGGCCUAUCGCCCUCGCUUCAUGCGCCUGCUGCAGCGGGGCUGCUCCAUCCGGCGCCGCGGCGGGGCAGCCUCGACAUCACGCGAAGCGCUGGCGGCCCUGGCAGCCCGGCGCCGCCUGCUGCUGGUGCUGCCGCUGCUGGUGGUGCCGGUGCUACUGCCAUGAGGACGUGGGAGCGCCGGCCCCAGCCACACCACACGGCUGUAGCGCCCGUGGCGGCUGUAGCAUCGAGCCCUUCUUCGCCGCAAUCACGGCUGCCUUCACUGUCCGCACUGACGUCGUCUCGGGUGCCGGCAGGAGGCGCCGGCGGCAGUCCUGCAACUACUGCACCGCCUGCGGCAACGGAGACGACAGCGGGGUUGGCAGGGGGUGCCAUGGGUGCUGUGGGUGAUGGCGCCGCGUCUCCGCCUGCAGCAGCCAAGCAGGGUGCCUUUAAUAGAUUUGUGCACAGCCUGACUCACGUGCUGCAAAAGCCACGUGGCGGAAAGCAUCAUUAAUAAAGAAUGUCACGGAGCAGGAUGGCACUGAGGCUUACAUGCACGGGUGACUGGCACGUACAUAUUCAAAGUGCUCGUUACCGCUUACAUUCAUGAUUUAUCUCAUUAAUCAGUUGAAAUGCAUAAUCAGGGCAUGUGCAAGGCAUUUCCUAUCGACACGGUUACUGGUCGGGUGGUCCGGUGUGUUUGUGAAGGCUGGGCAACCUAUGUACAUGGCUUCAUGGCUGACCUGAUUCAUGCGGCUCGCAUUCCAUCUUGACUCCGGUUGCAACCUCCCCUGGCUGCAACGUAUACCGUAUCAAUACUGAUUGCGCCUGUUUGUGCUGUGUGUCUUACUGUCUUUGCUUGGCUUGUGCAGUUACAAUCCGGGAUUCCGCGGGCGUCUGGUAUGACGGUCACACACCCAUUAGGCCAUUACCCAUACUUUGUUUCCUAGCACAUACAUUUAUCCGUGCACUGGGCUGUUAUGAGUGCCCGGGCGCUGUGUGCAAAUGAAGUGCGGGCAUGUCCGAGCAUCCGCGCCACAAGCUCUUCAUUCAUUUGUACGGCGUAACAUUCUUGCAUUGCUAGGCCGUCUAGGCGCGCCAAGGCGUGGCCCUGGGCGCGUCCACAUUUGGCCUUGUGUGUAUGCCUGUGUCCCAAGAGUGCGGGAAAACGCCACAGGCCGUUAUGGCCAUGGAGUCCUUGCAACCAAACCUCUCUCUUUCGGUGCCUGGCUAGUGGAGAAAAGCUGCAAGUGUAGGGCGAGCCCGUGCCCCGCGACCCUUGGAGUUGGGGCUAUCAAGACGGCCGCUUUGCUGUAAGGAACCUCCACG